GGUUCACGUUCAAGUUAUCUGCGGAAUUGUGUAGUCCUCCAGAAAAAGUAUGAUCCAGAAAUCAUUUCGAAACGUUUUCGUCACCGUCGGCACGACACAGUUUGAGGAGCUGAUUGGAAGUGUACUUUCAGCGGAAGUUCUGCAGCAGCUGGAAUCCCUGGGAUGUGAAUCGCUGACGAUACAGCGAGGAAAAGGAUCGACCCCGGAUCUGCCGGACAUCCAGAAACGAACAACGAUCCGGCUUGCUUGCUACGAUCUAAAGCCUACCAUCGGGGAUGAUAUUAGGCAAGCGGAUCUCGUCAUUAGCCACGCAGGAGCUGGAAGUUGCAUCGAGGUCCUGGAGGCCGGACGGCCACUCGUUGUCGUUGUGAACGAAUCUCUGAUGAACAAUCAUCAAACGGAGCUGGCGGAACGGCUGAGUCGGGACGACCAUCUGUUCUACUGCACUCCGGGGAGCCUGCAGCAAACGUUGGCCAGGGCAGACUUUGGGUGUUUGCGCAAACUGGGACCCGGAUCGCUGGAUGGCUUUGUCGAUCAUCUGAACAAAUUUAUGGGCUUCCGUUGAACGACCGGAACGCAAAUGUUGAAGCGUUUUCCACCAUGUGAUGCUGCGAUGGCUGUGGGUUUUUAUAAAGUCGGGAAAUAAAACAUAAAACCGUAAAAACAUGAA